GCGCGAGGUGACCGGAUCGCGGUUCCCGCGGGCGGGAACGCCAGGACGCUCACUGCCUCGAGCAGAUUAAUAUUAAAAUUAGAAAUUUGUAUCUUUUGCUGGAUAUUGGAGAUUGAAUGUAAUGGCAACAGAAUUUAUAAAGAGUUGCUGCAGAGGAUGUUUCUAUGGUGGAACAGAAAAUCACAACUUAUCUGUGGAAAGAGACUUUAACACAGCAGUAUCAAAUAGUCAGAAUACUGCUAUCUGUGUACCUCCAUUGACUUCUGUUUCUGUAAAGCCUCAGGUUGGCUGUACUGAGGAUUAUUUACUUUCCAAAUUACCAUCUGAUGGCAAAGAAGUACCAUUUGUGGUGCCCAGGUUUAAGUUAUCUUAUAUUCAGCCCAGGAUGCAAGGAAUGCCUUCACAUUUGGAAGAACUUGAAGGAUCUGCCAGAGCAUCUUUUGGAGCUAGAAAGUUAGAACUUUCCAGUUCAUCUCAGCAUGGACCCAGCUAUGAUGUAUAUAACCCAUUCUAUAUGUAUCAGCACGUGUCACCUGAUUUGAGUCGGCGCUUUCCUCCUCAUUCAGAAACAACGAAACGAUAUGGAUCGGUUUGUGACUUAAGGACCAAUAGACUUCCCAGUUCCCCUGGACUAAGCAAGUCUAUGUUUGAUCUUACAAGUUCAUCUCAGCAGUUCAUUCAGAGACAUGACUCAUUGUCCAGUAUGCCCAGUACUUCUUCUUCAAGGAAGAAUUCUCAGGGGAGUAACAGAAGCCUGGAUACAGUUACUCUAUCAGGAGAUGAAAGAGAUUUGGGGAGAUUAAAUGUGAAAAUGUUUUAUAAUUCUUCAGUAGAGCAGAUCUGGAUCACAGUUUUACAGUGCAGAGAUUUAAGUUGGCCUUCUAGUUAUGGAGAUAAUCCUACUAUUUCUAUAAAAGGAAUACUAACAUUGCCCAAACCAGUACAUUUCAAAUCUUCAGUCAAGGAAGGCUCUAAUACUAUUGAAUUUAUGGAAACGUUUGUAUUUGCUAUUAAACUACACAGUCUACAAACUGUAAGACUUGUAUUUAAGAUUCAAACGCAAACUCCUAGGAAGAAAACUAUUGGAGAAUGCUCACUAUCACUCAGAACUCUUAGCACACAGGAAAUGGAUUACUCUUUGGAUAUAUCACCUCCUUCAAAAAUGUCUGUUUGCCAUGCAGAACUUGAACUGGGGACUUGUUUUCAAGCGGUAAAUAGCAGAAUUCAGUUACAAAUCCUUGAGGCUCAAUACCUUCCAAGCUCAUCAACACCCCUGACUUUGAGUUUUUUUGUGAAGGUGGCAAUGUUUAGCUCGGGAGAGUUGAUUUAUAAGAAGAAGACACGCUUAUUGAAGGCCUCCAAUGGAAGAGUAAAGUGGGGAGAGACUAUGAUUUUUCCACUUAUACAAAAUGAAAAAGAAAUUAUUUUUCUCAUUAAGCUUUACAGUCGAAGCUCUGUAGGAAGAAGACACUUUGUGGGGCAGAUUUGGAUAAGUGAAGACAGUAAUAACAUUGAAGCAGCGAACCAGUGGAAAGAGACAGUUACAAAUCCAGAAAAGGUUGUUAUCAAGUGGCACAAAUUAAAUCCAUCUUGAAGACCCUGCACAUUAAUUUGGUGACAAACUUGACAUUCUUUUAGAAGACUUACGAUUUCAAUUUGCUACCAAUUUGAAGAGACAGAUCAGUACAUUUAUCAAUUUAUUUAUGGAGGCCAUUAUUAUAGUAUAUAAUGGAUCUGAUAGAAAAUCAAACUUGGUAAAAAAUGGGAUGAAUUUUACCAGAUAUCCAAAGUAAAGGAAAUGCUUUAAAACUGGCCAAAAUAGACAAUAAAAUAAAUGGAUAGUAUUACUGGGGCAACUAAAUAAAUUAUAAAGUCAAUGGGAAUAUAAAUCAUAGAUAGUUGCUGCUAUAUUAUGUUUAUAGGCUUUUUAAAGUUUUACGUAGAAAUUCAAAAUCCACUAUAUCAAGUCUCUGUUAGUACUAGACUUUACCACUAUUUCAGUGCUUGUCAAGAUUGAUUAGCUCUUAACUCUACUGUUUAACCCCUCGUUACAUAUUUUCCCUCAGAAAGCAAAAAUGAAUUGAACCACUUCAACUCUUCUCAUUUGGGGAAAGUUUGUGGCCUGUGUUUAUCAUUACUUACCCUUAAGUCAUCACAUUGCCACUUAGUAAACUAUUUUUCUCUAAGAAACUUCAGAUAUAGAAAACUACAUUUUGGCAAGAAUAAAAAUACCAGAAGGUUGAAGUUUAAUUGGAAACGCAGUGUACACACAUUUUGCUAUGUUUCCUCCUUCACAUCCUCUUUGUUUUAAUUGGAGUUGAAAUAAGGUUAUCAUCCAUAUGGCCCAUCCUAAUUAGCAGAAUUAAAUGAGCUUAAAUAGCAAAUUUAAUAUUUUAUAAUAAUCACUUCCUUGUUUUUAGUUUUUUAAAUCUAAAUUGCUUGUUCUAUAAUCCACAACAUUAAAAUAUGUUCCUGUAUUUUAAAACUGGCCAUACAUGAUAACAUUAUGUAGCAAAUAAAUAUUUUCUGUUGUAGUUUCUCUCGGGUACUCAUUACAACUCAGUAUGUAGGGAUAAUUUCAGUUUAGUUGGUCAGACAAGCUAUGACCAAAAAGCACAGUUGUUUAGAGAAACCAAUAACACCAUCGCUGAUCUUGGAAAGUAGUGACUUUAUUUUUGCUAAUGGGUAAAACUAAGUGCUUCAUCUUCCAUUUUUCUUUUUCUCUUACCUUGUACCACACAUGCCAAGAGAUAGAUAGUGAUAUUUUAGGCCACAAGUAUACUUUGCUGUAAUUUAAGCAUGCCUUUUUCGUUUCUUGUUCUGUGUAUCUCAUUAAGAUUUUCCCAAAUAAACACUAAUUCCCCUUUUCCUAGGUGCCACCUCCUCAAGCUACAAAAUGUACAUACUUUACAUGCCCUUUGCUUCUGGUGCCUAGAGUUUAUGGUAUACCGGGGAUGUUGACAGGUACUCUCUGACACUGCAUUUUGAAAUAAUUUUUUUUUUUUUAGAUUUGUGAAAAAUGGCAUAUUAGUACUCACAUGGACUUUCAAGAGAAAAAUCACCUUUUGUGGUGGUAUUUUGAAUCUUUGAGACAAAUGGCAACUAUUUUAAAAGAUUUUUAAAAAAUAGACUUUGUUUUUUAGAGCAGUUUUAGGUUCACAGCAAAAUUGAGAGGAAGGUACAGAGAGUUCCCACAUACCAUCUACCCGCGCGUUUAUACAGUCUCUCCCACUAUCAACACCUUGCACCAUAGUAGUACAUUUGUUAAAAUCACUGACCCUUCAUUGAUGCAUCGUCACACAAAGUCCAUAGUUUGUAUUAGGGUUCACUUUUUAUGUUGUACAUUCUGUGAGUUUUGACAAAUACAUAAAUGACCUGUAUCCACCACUCAUAUCAUACAGAGUAGUUUCACUGCCCUACAAAUCCUCUGCAAACACAACCAUUUUAAUAGCUACCAAAGAAGGAAGUGUACUGGCUUUUAGAUAAGUAACAGAAUUUAUUGUUUUAAAAAAUCUAGAAUUUUAUUAGAGCAGUAUUUUUGUGUUCUAGUAACGCUUUCAAUUCCUAAAUUUAU